AUGUAAAUUCGGUUGUUGUUGAAACAUUUGUCACAAAAAUAAAAUUUAUAUCGCAUUUUAAUCUGUUUGUUUGUGCCAAUCAUUGUGUUCUUGCUAAAUGUUGCAUGGGUUCGUCGUCCAACCCAGAAUAGACAAUACAUGCGAUCCAGCUUAAAGCUAACGAUGACUAUAGCAAUUAACACCGUACCAGGUGUGAAGUCCAUGAGCUAAGCUUACUGUAGUGGCGUUGGAUAAGUCAAUGCCAUGGGAGGCCCGCGGAUGCUGCACUGAUGGAUAAACUGUGACAGUGCCCUAGUUCCAAAAUCACACAAGACAGCUCUUUCCAAAAGCAAUCAAAAGCAAGUUCCUGAAAUGGGCAAGAUUACUUCUGAUUCUACAAAGUGGCCUGACAGUGAAGCAUGCUGGUUUCUGUCUCAAGAAGUGUUCCGUUCCCUGAGACAGAUAUCAGAUACGGUUGAAGAAUGCAUUGAGUUAUUUCCAGCACUGCUGCUGGAUCCUCAUGAGGCCCAAAGCAAGCAGGAGAGGUUUGUAAUGCAGCAAGCAGCCAACCAGAGUUUGAAUGACACUGCCAAAUGUGUGCUGGUCCUGCAAGGUAAUCUCAUUGUACAGGCGGAGCUACAGAUAAAAAUUCAAAAACACCCAAACACUAUUCACAAGACGUCAAUAAGCCCAGAGAAGCCAUGGCUGCUGACCCAGAUUCAGGACUCUGGCAACUUCCUGGCUGAGGCACGCCUUAAGGUGCAGGAGGCUUCACAACUGAAGGAGCGUGUGGACCAGAUGAAGGACGGCGUCGACGUGGUAUUCCUGCAGUACAUCGCCGCACGGCUGGGCUUCAUCAUCGACGAGCUGAUGCUGGUGUUGAAGCGGGGUCGCGACUGCCUGCUCAGCCCGCGCAAGAAAACUAUCGAGGACCACUUGAACAGCGAAAACAUGAAGGCACUGAGCCCAUCCCUUCCUGGCGAUACUGCCGUUAGCUUUUACGUGCAGGGCCAUCGGCUGAUGCUGGCUGUGUACCACCUGGUCUCCCAGCAGGGCAACAUGAGGUUCGACUCGUUCCUCGCCGAGUGCGCCGUGUCGAAGCUGAACAGCAUCCUCGUGUUCUAUACCAGGGCGUUCCAGAUGUGCCAGCAGAUCAAGAACAAGCUGUUCUGGGCCACCAAGUGCAAUGAGCCAAAGCCUGUCCGAGCAUGCAGCCCUGGGCAGAAUAGUAUGUGAUACCCAUGCCAAAUAGGACAGUAGCAUUGUGUUGCAGCAUUUUGUUUUGUUAUGAACUGCUGUAGUUUAACGUGGAUAAUGUGGAUCUAGCACAAGACCCAAGACAUGCCGAUCAUUAUCCACCUAUGAUCAGAUUGAGCCACCUAUCUCCGUAGGGAGCUCGUCAUGUCGGAUUCGUCAGAAAGACCAAAGGAUUCAUCCCAAGCUGUGGAGCAAGUAACGAGGUGGGUCCGGCGCCCAGAUGAAAGCUGUUGAUGAUCAUUAUCUUUUUGUUAAUGUCAUGUGAUUUUUGGACCGAAAGUAUUCGAUUCUUGCUUAUCACAAAUGGACUGUUGGUGUUAAAUGCGCGUUCUCACUUGCUUUUUGUUAUGGUCAGUAAGGCUUUUGCUUGGAUGAACUGUUUUUAAAGGGCGAUUGAUACAGAUCCUACCAGAACCUGACGAACGCCCGGCAGCAAAUAACCAUUCUCCGUGGCAGUUAGUGCUGGUCAUUUAAACUGGACCGAAACAAAACGGGAUCAAAUUUCGUAAUCUUGGACCCAUAUAAUGCACAUUAAACCAUUCACAGUCACAUGGUCUUCUAUGAAUAACACUCAUGUGCAACAAAACGUUACGCAUAAGUGUAACCAUGUGCGGAUCGGUAGU